AUGAACGCAGUGAGUGUCUCAAAGCCGGUGCCCAUCGGAGCGACGCAUAGAGCGAGCGCUCACUGCCUGUCGAUCGGCGCUCGCACUGAGCGCUCGACCGCCCAAACACUGCAACUCUCGAGCCUUCGAUUGAGUCAUUGCCCGAUAGGCUGUGUUUGGUUGGAAACGAUUAUCGGAAGCGAACGGUCGACGACUUCGAGAGAUAGUGUCGACAGAGAGUCAGACGAAUACGAAGAAGUGGUUCGAGAAGAAGACAACGCUUGAGAGAAAGUGUGUGAAUAGGGAGUGAAGACUCACUGCGAGAACAGAGACAGUCGGCGAUCCAANUCUAAAUGAGUGGUCAAACCUGUGUCCAGAAUAUG